CAGACACCACCUCUUCUUCUUAUUAUCUUCUUCUCCAAGUUUGAAAAGCCUCUAUAAGUAUCAGAGGCUGUCUCCAAAUUACAAAAACCCAUUUCCGUAUGGCAGCUUCUUCUCUUCUUUCUAUGGAAAAUAGUAGCAGCUCCAGACAGGAGAUGGGUGUUUCUGUUAACUGGGCACAGCAACAACAACAACAACAACAAAACCAAAGAACAUCUCUUGAAGAUCUUGAGAUCCCCAAGUUCAGAUCUUUUGCGCCUUCUUCUCUCUCUAUAUCUCCAUCUCUCGUCUCUCCUUCCAAUUUCAGCCCCUCUGUUUUCCUCGACUCCCCUGCCUUCGUUUCCUCUUCUAAUAACAUUCUUGCUUCUCCGACAACGGGAGCUCUGAUAACAAAUGAUCAAAGUAACCAGAAACGUAAAAAAGAGGAAGAGAUCAACAACAAGGGCUUCUUUGACUUCUCCUUCCAGACACAAUCGGUAGCUUCUGCUGCAACAGCUACCGCUUCCUCAUCUUCUUCCUCUUCUCUCUUUCCCUCCUCAACCUUUGUCUCACAGGAACAACAGAGGACGAACCAGCAAGAACUAUGGAACUCCCUGAAGCUUGAGACCCAAACUGGCUUCUCGUACGAGAAACCAGUCGACAGAUCUGAAACUGCACCUCAGAUGCUUCCUAACAACAACUCUUCAGCUCAACCAGUGGGAUCCUACAGUGCAAGGGACCAAAGGAAAGCAGAGGACGGCUACAACUGGAGGAAGUACGGACAGAAACAGGUGAAAGGAAGCGAGAAUCCUCGGAGUUACUACAAGUGCACCUACCCAAACUGCCCCACGAAGAAGAAGGUGGAGAGGUCAUUGGAUGGUCAUAUAACGGAGAUCGUGUACAAGGGAAGCCAUAACCAUCCCAAGCCUCAGUCCACCCGAAGAUCUUCUUCCGCCUCAUUUCAUUCAGCGGCGUUCAGUGCCAGCUUUGAUGCCUCUGAUAAGCCUAACAGCAACAGCUUUCAUCAGAAUGAUUCCUUUGGGAUGCAGCAAGAGGACAACACUUCUGGGUCUGUUGGAGAUGAAGAGUUCGAGCAAGGCUCCCCUGUUUUCAGCAGAGAAGAUGAAGAUUGCGGUGCUGAACCUGAAGCAAAGAGAUGGAAAGGAGAGACUGAAACUGAUGGUGUAAUGGGUACCGGAAGCAGGACGGUGAGGGAGCCAAGAAUUGUGGUGCAGACAACAAGUGACAUUGACAUCCUUGACGAUGGUUACAGAUGGAGAAAAUACGGGCAGAAAGUCGUCAAGGGAAAUCCAAACCCAAGGAGCUACUACAAGUGCACCACCGUAGGAUGUCCUGUGAGGAAACAUGUAGAGAGAGCAUCACAUGAUAUGAGAGCAGUCAUCACAACAUAUGAAGGGAAACAUAACCACGAUGUCCCCGCAGCCCGUGGCAGCGGCUAUGCCACCAAUCGAACGCUCGUUGAUUCCAACAGCGUGGCCCCUGUCCCGAUUAGGCCAUCCGCCCUUUCGAAUUACCCUAAUUCUCAAGCACCGUAUACACUUCAGAUGCUGCAGAAUCCUAAGGUUGGGACUUUCGGGUAUCCUAUGAACAACAAUAAUGCUCAGACACAACAGAACUUUCACGGAGGGUUCUCAAGAGCAAAGGAAGAACCCAACGAUGACUCCUUCUUUGAUUCAUUUUUAUCAUGAAAAAAAUUAAUCUACUCGUUGUACAUCUCAGCUAACGGGGCACUAGUGAUCAUGCAGAUGGUAAGACUAGUAGUCAUAGAGCUAUUUUUUCAUUUGUUUUCGAGCUCCACACACUUGGGCUAUGUUGUAGUGUUUGUAUCAUGUACCAUAAGACUGAAAAAACACAAUAAACCAAUAUAGACUUCCAUCA